AUGCCCGACGAGGACGGCGCAGCGGAGUCGGUGGGGACCACGUCCGUCUUCCCCCCCCCUCCCAUUGUAUGGCAUGCCUUCACAGAAGCGAAUGUGUUAUGGAGCCGGAUAUUUGAUGCCGAGCUUGAGAAAGCCGGAGAAAAAGACGCGUGGUUUGCCAUGCCACACGAAGCGCGCAAGUCGAAACAAGAUGCGCUGUUGUCCGCGGUGGUGCGCGAGCACGGCGAUAUUGCGCUGCCUACGGUUGACUUGCACGAACUUACGCCUCCAAAUGUCCAGUGGAUUGAAGAAGACGGGGGGUAUCAGCUGUUUGGGCAGCGGUGGCCGAUUCCCGACGUCGCACCAUCACUGGAGCAGCUCGGCAUACCGCGCAUGUUUCCCCAGCCGCUGCAGGACCGGAACGAGGCGCUACAAAAACUAUUGCGCACGCUACUGCAUACCUACUUUAUGCUCACUUCUGAUUUGCUGCGUCCGAUCCAGCCGUACGAUGUGUGGGUGCCGCAGGCGACCACGGAGGCAAGUGGCGCGCCGUCAACUGCAGCGACUACAGAUGAAACACCGCUAGCCAAUGCUACAGCGAGCGAGGCAAACGGGAAUGGUGCGUUCGGAGUCUGGACGACGUCUACGCGCAUCAAGGACCGCCUGAAGCACAUGGAAAUGUCUGUGAUCAAUUUCCAAUUUAUCCUGAACCAACUGCGCCCCAUUCAAAACAGCGCGACGCUCGAGCAUGUACUCGACGAGCAAAUCGAGCGGCGGCGCAGACAGACAAGACUAUUGCGCGCCAAGAGCGCGUCGAUCAGGGAGGCGAUGCACCAUAUAUCCUUGUAG